UAAAUAAAGAGAUAAUAAUAUAUAAUAAUCUAAACUAAAAUAAAAGAAAUUCGAAAAUAAUAAUAAAUAAUAAACGAAGCUCUUGGUGGGUGCGAGAUCGGAGGCUCUCCUCUGCUCAAAUACUCUGUGUUUCUCUUCGACAUUUCCUCCUCUGGAUCUGAUUUCAACUUUAUCAACCGUUGAUCUUGUUCGUUCAAGGGCCAUGUAUCUUUGAUUUAGGGUUAGGUUCGGGGGAAUCUCUGAUUUUGAGGUGAGAUUCUGCGUUUCGGCUUUGGAUCUCGAGGUUUUGUUAAUCUUUCAGCUCGAAUUUCGAGGUUCCGCUUUCGGACGAGUUAUUACUUCGUGGAAAAUUUGGGGGUGGGGUUGUACUCGGUGGGGAAUUUAGCGAAUUUUGGUGGGAUCGGGAAGGGUUAGGGUUUGAUAAAUGGCUUCGAAUCCUCCAUUCCAGGUGGAGGAUCAGACGGACGAGGAUUUCUUCGAUAAACUGGUACACGAUGAGUUUGGGCCUACCACAACCGGAUCAAAUCCUCAGUUCACUGAUGGUAAUGAUUCCGACGACGCGAAAGCGUUCGCGAAUCUGAACAUCGGAGAGGUUGGAAAUGCAUCUGGGGAUUUGGGCGGCGGCGGCGAUGAUAGCAUGUUGGAAUUCAAAGCGAAAACCGAAAAGGAUCGCGUGGAUGGCGCUGCAGAGUCGUUGGGUGCUCACGCUGAAGAGAUGAAUUCAUUGGUUUCAUCGAAUUCGGUUGGGUGUGAUAGUAUGGUCGAGUCUAGUAAUGAUGGGAUAGGAUCCGAAUUCACAUCGGACUCGACCAUGAGCAAGAGCAGUGGAUCCGGAGUGUCUGGGGUUAAGGAGGUGGGCUGGAAUUCUUUUCACGCGGACUCAGAGCAGAACAGCAGUAAAGGGUUCGGCUCGUACUCAGAUUUUUUCAAUGAUUUGGGUGGGGAUUCUGGUGCUUUCCCGGGGGAUGUCGGUGAUAACUUGAAUGGCCAGGCGAAAACUGUAUCGGCCCAUGAGGAAUGUGGAGCUGAUGGAAUGAAUAAUUCUGUUAAUUAUGUGAAUUAUCAGGAGAGUCAAGUUUAUGGUGCAUCAAUGGAACAAAGUACAAAUGUGCAGGAUUUAAAUAGUAGUCAGUCCUGGGAAAAUAUGUAUCCGGGAUGGAAGUACGACCCCAAUACCGGGCAAUGGCAUCAAGUGGAUGGUUAUGAUACUAUGGCAACCGAUGUUCAUCAUACAGGAAGUGAUUGGGGUGUUGUUUCUGAUCAGAAAACGGACGUUUCUUACUUGCAGCAGGCUGCUCAGCCAGCUGUAGAAACUGUGACCGAAACUAGCACGGCCGAGAGUGUAUCUAACUGGAGUCAGGUUUCCCAAGGUAAUAACGGGUACCCAGAGCAUAUGGUUUUUGAUCCUCUGUACCCAGGUUGGUAUUACGACACAAUUGCGCAAGAAUGGCGGGCAUUGGAUACCUACAAUGCCUCCAUUCAAUCGACAGCACAGGCCCAUGAUCAGGAGCAUCAAAAUGGGUUUGUUUCCACUGGUAAUUUUCAUCAGAAUGGUAAUAGCUUAUAUGGCGGGUACUUGCAAGCUGAUAAUUAUGGACAAGGUUUUGGUAGCCAAGGCCCAGAUGGAAGCUGGACUGGGGCUUAUAGCAAUGAUUAUCAGCAAAAUUUGAAUGCGUGGCCAGCUGAAACUGUUCCAAAAAGUGAGGCUUUUGCGACCUAUAGCAAUGAUUAUCAGCAACAUUUGAAUGCAUGGUCAGCUGAAGCUGUUCCAAAGAGCGAGGCUUUUGUGACUUUGAGUGGAAACCAGCACUUGGACAAUUCUUAUGGUUCCAAGUCUUCUUUAAACAUUAACCAACAGAAGUCCUUGAAUUCCUUCGGAACAGUUUCAAUAUACAAUGAAGCAAGUCAGGCUCAUGGUAAGGCUAAUAGUACUGUUGAAUUCAAUAACUUUAUCCCUGAUGGGAACUUUAGCCAGCAGUUUAAGCAGGCAAAUACAAAACUAGAUGAACAAACACAAUUCUCGAACAAUUACUUUGGCAGUCACAAACCCCCAAAUCUUUCACCUCAAUCGUUUGAGAGUGGCCAUCGGACUUAUGCUCCCAAUGCUGGAAGAUCAUCUGCUGGGCGUCCUCCACAUGCCCUGGUAACUUUUGGGUUUGGCGGAAAACUCAUUGUAAUGAAAGAUAAAAGUUCUCUCAGUAGCUCAUCGUAUGGAAGCCAGGAUCCUGGAGGAGGCUCAAUUUCUAUAAUGAACUUGAUGGAAGUUGUUAUGGAAAACACUGAUAUGUCAAGCUGUGGAUUGGGUGCCUCUGGUUAUUUUCGUGCUUUGUGCCAACAGUCCUUUCCAGGUCCAUUGGUUGGUGCUAGUGUUGGAAGUAAAGAGUUGAACAAGUGGAUUGACGAGAGGAUAACAAGCUGUGAAUCACCUGACGUAGAUUAUAAAAAGGGUGAACUAUUGAGGUUGCUUCUUUCUUUGCUUAAAAUUGCUUGCCAACAUUAUGGAAAACUUCGAUCUCCGUUUGGUGCCGACACUGUGUUGAGGGAAAAUGAUUCUCCAGAAUCAGCAGUUGCUAAACUUUUUGCAUCUGCCAAGUGGAAUGGUACUCAAUUCAGUGAGUAUGGUGCUCUUAGCCACAGUUUGCAGAAAUUGCCUUCUGAAGGACAAAUAAUGGCAACCGCUUCUGAGGUACAAAGUUUCCUGGUUUCUGGUAGAAAGAAAGAGGCUCUUGAAUGUGCACAAGAAGGUCAGCUGUGGGGACCUGCACUUGUGCUUGCUUCACAGCUUGGUGAUCAGUACUAUGUUGAUACUGUGAAGCAAAUGGCGCUUCGCCAGCUGGUUGCCGGAUCACCUCUUCGUACUUUAUGCCUCCUAAUUGCAGGGCAACCUGCAGAAGUUUUUUCCUCGGGCACAACUGAUCCAGGUCUUCGGGGUGCUGUUAGUAUGCAUCAACAGCCUGCCCAGAGUGGAGCCAAUUUUAUGCUUGAUGACUGGGAGGAAAAUUUGGCAGUAAUAACUGCAAACAGAACAAAGGAUGAUGAACUUGUGCUCAUUCAUCUUGGAGAUUGCUUGUGGAAGGAAAGAAGUGAGAUUACUGCUGCGCACAUCUGCUAUUUAGUUGCGGAAGCAAACUUUGAGUCAUACUCGGACAGUGCCAGACUCUGUUUAAUUGGAGCAGAUCACUGGAAAUGUCCUCGAACCUAUGCUAGUCCAGAGGCUAUUCAGAGGACCGAGUUAUAUGAAUAUUCCAAGGUGCUUGGGAACUCUCAGUUUAUCCUGAUACCAUUUCAACCAUAUAAGCUCAUAUAUGCACACAUGCUAGUUGAAGUAGGGAAGGUUUCUGACUCUUUGAAAUACUGUCAAGCGGUAUUGAAGUCUUUGAAGACUGUUCGAGCUCCUGAAGCGGAAACAUGGAAACAAUUGGUUCUAUCUCUUGAGGAGAGGAUCAGAGCCCAUCAACAGGGUGGAUACACUGCAAAUUUGGCUCCGACAAAAUUAGUUGGCAAAUUGCUUAACUUUUUUGAUAGUACUGCCCAUCGUGUUGUUGGGGGUCUACCACCACCUGCACCAUCAGUAUCACAAGGGAGUGUUGCUGGGAAUGAACACUAUCCGCAGCCCACCGGCCCUAGAGUAUCGACUAGUCAGUCAACAAUGGCCAUUUCAUCAUUAAUGCCUUCUGCUUCAAUGGAGCCCAUAAGUGAUUGGAGGGCUGAUGGUAAUAGAAUGACAAUGGUUAAUAGAAGUGUUUCAGAGCCAGACUUUGGUAGAACUCCAAGACAGGUUGAUUCAUCGAAAGACAUUACCUCAACAAAUGACCAAGGGAAAGCUUCAGUUGGGUCAUCACGCUUUGCUCGUUUUGGUUUUGGCUCUCAGUUGUUGCAAAAGACUGUCGGGCUAGUUUUAGGGCCUCGCUCGGGUCGACAGGCUAAGCUAGGUGAAAAGAACAAAUUCUAUUAUGAUGAAAAGCAGAAGAGAUGGGUAGAGGAAGGUGUGGAGCUACCAGCUGAGGAAGCUGCCUUGCCACCGCCUCCAACAACUGCAGCCUUCCAGAAUGGUUUGUCAGAUUACAAUUUGAAAGCUGCAAUGCAGAAAGAAGGGACUCCAAUGAAUCAGAGUCCAGAUUACAAAACUCCUCCUUCAGAACAUAAUUCAGGAAUCCCAUAUGUUCCAUCCAGCUCAAAUCAGUUUUUGGCUAGGGGAAGAAUGGGUGUACGAUCAAGGUAUGUGGACACCUUCAACCAAGGUGGUAGAAACCCCACAAACUUGUUCCAGUCACCUUCUGUGCCCUCUGUUAAGCCUGCUGUUGCUGCAAAUGCAAAGUUUUUCAUUCCCACCCCAGCAUCGUCAGGUGAACAGACAAUGGAGGCCAUAGCAGAAAAUGGGCAAGAAGGCACUGCAACCCAUGAAGAUCCUUCCACAUCUACUGCAUAUGACUCUUUCCAGUCUCCCAUACCUUCAUCAUCAAUGGGCAUGCAGAGGUUCCCGAGUAUGGGUAGUGUCCCAGGCAAGGGUGUGGGGACAAAUGGCCAGGCCUCUCUCCCUCCUCACUCGCGAAGAACUGCCUCCUGGGGUGGAAGUUUCAAUGAUCCAUUCAGCCCUCCCAAUCCGGCUGAAAUAAAACCUCUAGGGGAAGCUUUGGGCAUGCCCCCUUCUACAUUUAUGCCAAAUGAGUCUUCUUUGAUGCGCAUGCCAAUGAAUGGUGGCAGUGUUGGGGAUGACCUUCAUGAAGUGGAACUUUGAGCCGACAUAGGGAAAAUGUAAAUAUUGAAGUUUUGUUCUUUGUGAUCUAUAGAAUACUUGGGACAAUCCUUCUCCCCGAUCUCUUCAAAGUGCGAAAUGGUGGUAUGUGCCCGAACCCAAGUCCGCAGAAGAAACAAACGAUGCUAUCCCCUCCUGUUGUGUUUGAACUUUUGAAGAGAUAUAGGUGUCCGAAAUUUUAUUUGGAUGUGCCGGUGCGGGGGAGCCACCACCAUUUGAGGUUCGGGAGUUUAUACAUUUUAUUAUAAAGCAAAGGAGACAGUGUGGGCAGCAUUGUACAGUUCAUUUGUUCAUUUAUUGAGAAACAGAAAGUUAACCUGGGAAGGUAGGGUCUGAGAAGAAAAGAUAUAGCACAUUGAAUUGCAAAAAUUAGUGUUUUGCUUUUUAAUUUUCAUGGUUUUAAUGUUUUACAAAAAUUAAACGAAAUAUUCAAAUUGGAUGAUGAAAUUUAGUUCUUUGAAUUA